AUGUUGAAACAAAGCGACAAUCGAUGCAUUGGAAGACACCUGAAUCGUAAAAAAGCAAGGAUGUCCAAAUCAAAAUUUAAGGCAAUGUUGAUCGUUUUUUUUGACAUUAACGGUAUCGUGAUGACUAAAUGGGUUCCAGAGGGCCAGACUGUCAACCAGUUUUACUAUUUAUCAGUUUUGGCAACACUGCGAGAAAGAGUUCGUAAAAAACGGCUCGAGUUGUGCAAGAACGACUCGUGGAUUUUGCACCAGGACAACGCACCUGCCCAUAACGCGCUAUCUGUGAAGCAGUACUUGGCCGGUAAGCGCACUCCAGUGCUCGAACACGCGCCGUACUCGCCAGAUUUGGCACCGUGCGACUUUUUUUUGUUUCCAAAGAUAAAAUCUGCUUUGAAAGGGACCCGAUUUGAGUCGAUGGAAGCGGUAAAGCAAAAAACGGCAGAGCUCCUAAAGGCCCUCACCAAAGAAGACUUCCAGCACUGCUUUGAUCAAUGGAAAAAACGUAUGGAAAGGUGUGUGGCGAGGGGAGGGGAGUAUAUUGAAGGGGAGCAUUUGAAUGUAGAAUAA